AUGUUCACGGCCAGGUUGGAGCUUGAAAGUGGAAAAGCACUCCUUCGUUUGGCUCAUCUAUACGAGGUGGGGGAAGACAAAGAUUACUCUGUAAUGGCAAGUGUGGAGCUGAAGAAGCUGUUCCCAGAUAGGAAGGAAGGUAACAGAGAUGAAUAUGUCGGGCAAUCAACAAAGAGGCGAGAUGGAGAGGAAGAAGCUUGCUUGGAAAGUGAAAGUGAAGUUAGCCUUGGCUCAGGGGAAAAUGGGUUAUGGGUUAUGGGUUAUGGGUUCAUGUUUCUAAGCCUCCAGAGAAUGCAUAUGUUAAGCAAAUCUUUGAAAGAGUUUGUGAGUGAAGAUGCAGUUGUUCAGAGUGUGAAAUUGGUUGCUGAGAGUCUUGCAAGGCAUAUAUACGGUCAACAAGGGAAGAAGAUGGAAAUAUUUACAGAUAACACAAGUUUAAAGGAGAUGUAA